AUGGCAGACCCCACCGCCCGCGCAGCACCGCAGCUCAAAGCGCCGGGGAAGGAAGACGUCGUCUGGGCGCUUCACACCUUCGAGGCCGAGAACGAAGACGAGUUGACUUUUGAGGCGGGGGAGAAGAUUGUCGUGCUCGAGAGGGAUGACCAGUAUGGCGAUGGGUGGUUCCAGGGCCGCAACGAACGCGGCGAGAUCGGCCUCUUCCCUCAAUCUUACACUUCUUCUCGUCCUCCCUCAUUCUUCCCGUCCGAGGAUGCCAACGACUUUGGCGGAGCCGGCACCUCUUCCGCCGGUCCGGACACCAUCGUCUCUCCCACCCCCGUCCUUGCAACCACAACCGCCUCCCCCAUCCUCUCCCACGACGAAGACGCCUCACCCGCCGAUGAGCCCAACGGUCGACUCGCACUUCUCUCCUCUCGGCGGGACAGCGUAAGCGAGACUUCCGUCCACUCUCGCUACGACGACGACGAGGAAGACGAUGCCGCUUCGAGCAUUCACCACGCCUCCUCCUCCUCUCAGCGCAUGUCAGACGGUGCAGCGCACCGUGCUGCGCUUGCGGCGAGGGUGUCUGAGAAUGCGGAGCGGGCGGCGCAGGAGGAGCGUGAGAGGGCUGAGACGAGGAAGAGGGAGGAUGAGGAGAGGUAUAGGGAGUAUCGCAAGUCGGGGCUCAUUGAGGGGUUGCAACUCAGUGACGAGAGCGACGAGGAGGAUGAGGAUGACGCGCCCUUGCCGCUUCCUUCGUCGGUUGAGGCGUCGAGCGAUGAGGCGGGACUGGCGAACGGCGAGAAGGCGGUUCCGGCAGUCAACGGCGGACCUGCGCCCGCAACGUCCGAGGCGGAGGAGAUCCUCAGUACACCCGCACACACUUCCCCCGAUGCCGAACGACCCGAGAUCCGUCCUCGCGCCGACACUCAGCCCUCCAUCUACGCCGAAUCGACUUACUCGAACAACUCUUCCAUCCCGCCCGUUCCCUCUCCUCCUACCCUCCCGACGACCGAGCCCUCACGCUCCAUCGCUGCCGUGUCCGCACCCGAGCCCCUCGAAACCGCAUCUCUCCCGAACGAGCAGGCGAAAGAACCGAUCCUCGCCGGAACGCCUGCGAUCCUCGCUGCCGAGUCAGCGUCUCCCGUUGGAGGGGACGAGACGCCUCGCUCGCCUGCGCCCGUGGAGCCUUCUACAGUCCAGCAAGAACCGGAACAUUCAGCAACGACCGCCAUUACCGAGACACUCAAGUCGACGACGCACACUGCGGCCGAAGUUUUGACGGCAGGCGCCGCAGGCGUCGUCGCGGCAGCUACGACUGCAGCAGCUAUUGCCGGUGUCAGCCUCUCGCACGACUCGAAGGACGAGCAGAAAGAAGUAGACGAGGCGAAGAAGGAGGUAGAUGCGGUGCCGAAGGAGGCUGAGCCCGCUCUCAAGACGGAUGUGGUUGAGCCUGCGGCGCCGCCGAAGCCGGAGACGACUGCGAUUCCGGCUGUGACGGAGCACUCGGUUGCGCCUGUUCCUGCUUCGGCCGCAGACGCCGUCGUCGAAGCGUCCGCUCCUCCCGCGUCCUCCGCACCAUCUCCGGCAACCGCCGUCGAUUCUCCCGCCGCACCUCGCUCGACGACGCCGCCAGCUACCUCUGCGCCAACCGUCCAGCCCUCCUCUCCCACCACGACCGCCGAGUCUCGCUCAAGCACUCCCGCCACCCAUGCACCGCUCUCUUCGAGCAUCGUCACCGCAGCUACGACCGCUACUCCUGCUGCGAGCGUCUCGGGCGAUGCGACGGGCACGAGCGAGGCGGGCAAGAAGGAUUUGCCAGCGGACCCGAUGAACUGGAAUGUCGAGAAUGUUGUCGAGUGGGGCAAGCAGAAGGGCUUUGAUCAGCUCACGCUGAGCAAGUUUGCGGAACACGAGAUCUCGGGCGACGUCUUGCUCGAGAUGGACGUCGCGAUGCUCAAGGAGAUCGACCUCGUCGCCUUUGGCCGCCGCGUGCACAUCUACAAUGCGAUCAAGGAGCUCCGCCUUCGCACGCAGCCCCCUCGCGCACUCACCGCAAGCCAGUCGACCGCCGGCAGCUUCAUCGCGCCCUCGAUGACCGGCUACGAGCCCGACUCGCCCACCAGCCUUGCUUACAGCCCGAGCAUCUCGGCGCUGCAUCACCAGCAGAACCCGCAUUUGCGGUGGCAGCAACAGCAGCUCAUGCAGGGCAGUUCUCUCGCUGGAUUUGGCAUCGAGGGUGACUCGGCGCCGACUUCGUUGCGGGCGCCUUCGUCGCUCGGCCAGCAGAGCAUGACCAACCUUCGCUCUUCUCAGCCAGCCAGCAGCGACGCCGCGCCGCCCGUACAGCCGGCUCCUCAGACCCCUCCUCUCGCCGCUCCCAUCCCACCCAUCGCCGAGACUACCAUGACGGCGCCCGCGCCUACCACUCCCACGCCUACUACUCCCGUUCUCGGCGACGACUCUCGCAAAGCGAAGACGCGCCCCUCCAUCGCAUCCAGCAUCCGCCCGCGCAGCUCCCGCCGUGCCUCCGAACGCACUGCCGGCGGCGAUAGCAGCGCGACGAGUGUGCCGAACAGUCCCGAUCCUGCAGCAACGGCGAGCCAGUCGAGGGAGAGCAGCACGGGCGACAAGACGGGCUUCUUCGGGACUCUGCCGAGCCUGCCGGGCAGAACUCGCAAGGCGCCGCCUCGCGUUCCUUCUGCUCUUCUCGUCGACUCCAACGGCGCAAUUCCGCGCCCUCGUCCUCGCACCUCGCUUCAGGACCGCGCAAAGCGCUCGACCCGCCUCUUCGGCUCGUUUGGCACCAACUCUGGCUCGGAGAAAUCGCCUACCGCUGUUGAGUCUGUCCGCUCGCGUCCGUCAAACUCGACGCUCGGCGGAGGUCGCGACGCCCCGACUGCGAUGACGGUCAAGUCGGUCGACCCUGCGACGAAGGAAAUGAUGCGCGAGAAGGCAGAGCUCGUCACGGACGGCAACUUGAUGGACAAGAUCGGCCGACCGGACCACUCUGGCUGGAUGCGCAAGCGGGGCGAGAAGUACAACACGUGGAAAAUGCGGUUCUUCGUGCUCAAGGGCGUGUACCUCUACUACCUCAAGACCGAGGCGGAGCAAAAGGCGAAGGGCGUCAUCGACUUGACCGGCUACCGCGUCCUGUCCGACCCCGACAUUCGCCCUGGCGAGUACGCCUUCAAGAUCGUCCACGAUACCGAGCGACCGCACUACUUCGCCGCGGCGGAGCAAAUCACGGUUCGCAACUGGAUGAAGGAGAUCAUGAAGGCGACGAUUCUGCGAGACUACUCCGGCGCGUCCGCGCCUCCCGUCGUUUCGUCAUGCGACAUCGAGGUCCUCCCGCUUGAUAUCGCGCAGACAAUGACGCCGUACCCACGACCGCCUUCUCCGACACGCCGCGCUCAGAUUCAGAAGAAGCGGUACGCCGGUAGGGAUCCUAACAAAUUGUCCGACAAGGACGCGACGAUCUUGAUGGAGCUGGCGCCCGGGUCGCCGCUCAUGAACGGCGAAGACCUCUACGCCUCGGUUUCGAAGCGGCCUUCGCUCGCUCCUGAUGGCACACGCAAGGCUUCCACUACGUCGACGAGCUCCGUUGCGACGGCGAAGGAGGCUACGACGCCGCUGGCGGUACCUGUCGGCGUCCCAGAUUCGACAACCAGCGCAUCGAACGGUGCAAGCGCAGCGACCGACGCGAAGUCGGACGCAACGCUCGGCCGGCUGCAGCGCGCAACGUCCGAUACGACCAACGCCGAAUUGCUCGCAUGGCUCAACUCCAACCUGCCUUCCAGCUGCCCGCUCGCCACCGAUCUCUCCUCCUCCCUUCGCUCCGGCCGCCUGAUCGUCCGCCUCCUCGAGAACCUGUCGGGCGAGUCGAGCGGCAUCAGCGAUGGGCAGUUUGACGCGUUCCACCAGCAAGUAGGCGAGGCUUUCGACACCGCGUACCUCGACACCAUCUUCUCUGUCUUCGACUUUAUCACCCCGCUCGCGUCGACCGACGACAUCUCGAUGGAGGACAUGAUCACGGGCAACGAGCCCCGCCUGACUAUCCUCCUCGAGCGCAUCCGCGCAAAGUUCCCUGCGCCGGCCGCAGUUGUCGCGUAG